AUGUCGCAGGGCAUCAACGAGCGCCUCAUGGCUGUCUGUCCACCUCUGCAGGAAAGCAAAUUCCCCAUCAUCCUAAGCGCCUACGUCCCUCAACGACCAGUUCCGAUGAGGCGAAGCAAGUUCUGCAAAGACCUGAACACCCUUCCAGUGACUGUGCCGAACGCAAACAAGUCGACUAUCCUUGGUGACAUCGAUGCCCGCUUCGGACAGACCCCGCUGCUUCUAAGGGAGUAUUGGGUCCCCGUGGACUCGGCGACUGCAACGAAAGCGACCAUCUCCUGCAAAUCCGUUCAAAACAUAGCUUUUUCGUGA